AGCUGUGAAUGGCGGUAUAACUGAACGCCCAGAAGAAGAAGCACACAAUAUCAGUUUGGCCCACAGAACGUUUGGGAGCGCUAAAAUGGCAAACGUGCGCUGUUUGCAAAAAGCAUUACGUUUACAAAAGUUCGUCCUGCCAAUCAAUGCGCAGGCCAGUCGUCUAAGCUCCAGCGUCGCCUCCAGCAGCAGCAGCAAUCACAACAACACACUCAAGCGCGCACAGUCCACAACAUGGACAACUUUAACCCGCAGUUACUCCAAAGAUAGCGAUAAGCUGGAGGAUUUCCGGGCACGCGAGGAGCAACGCGAACGGGAACGCGAUGCUGCCGAACAAAAGACACAAACAGAGACUAGUGGUGGAGGAGGAACAGCCUCCUCCUCGGGAGAGCAAAGCCAGCAAAGCGAACAGCAGUCUGAGAAACAAGCCAAAGUUGACGCAAUACGUCGCAAGAUACUGGAUGCAGCCAUGGAGCAUGUGCCGCAGCAUGGCUGGACCAAGCAGGCCAUUGUGCUGGGCGCCGAGUCCAGCGGUUAUCCCAGUGUCGUCCAUGGCAUGUUUCCUGAAGGCGGCUUUGCGCUAGUCUCCCACUUUAAUGGAAAGUGCAACGCGCAGCUGGUGGAGUAUCUGCAGCACAAAACCAACAAUGGCCAGAAAGAGGUAGCUGAUCCAUUGGGUUUUCUGGUGCAAGCGGUGCGACGACGUUUUGAGAUGAUUGUGCCGUACAAGAAACAGUGGCCUCAGGCAAUGGCGCUGAUUGCACAGCCCCAACAUGCGUCCACAGCGCUGGCGCAAGUGCUAACGCUGGUCGAUGACAUUUGCUACUAUUCUGGCGAUCGCUCCGUGGACUUCGGUUGGUAUACGCGACGCAUUGGACUCGCGACGAUUAUGAAGAUGACGGAGCUUUAUCUGCUGCAGGACACGUCACCAAAACAUGUCCAGACCUGGGAGUUCCUUAAGAAUCGCAUGGAUGAGGCUGUUCAACUGCAAAUGACUUUGGCGCAGACCGACGGCGUCACACAAAAAGUGCAACGUUCCUUCAACUCGGCCUUCAUAACUGCGCGAAAUAUUUUGGGUCUGGGCUACAGCCGCGAUUAGUAACAUCAACAACAGCACUUGCCACAGCGUCUGUGUGUGUUAUGUAUAAACAAAUAUAUAUAUAUACAAAGAUUUACACUAACAAAAAAAAAACAACCUUAUAACUAUACUAUGUAUUUUCAUAUAUUGUUUUUAAAGGUGGUUAGCUACGUUUAUGCGGUGAUUUUGUUGUUUUAGUGUUGAGUAGUGUCCACAUAUUUAGCGAUCGUCCUCGCGCUGUUAUUACCUAUCGGUUUUCUAUCGAUUUAUUUCUUGCACAGCAGCCAUCUUGUAUUGUUGGCGGCAAAUUUGAAGCUAUUUUAAAGGAGUGCUUUAAGUUUACUUUGUUAAAGGUUAACAAUUGUUGUUUUAUUUUAUUUCUAACAUGCAACUAAUCACAAUGUUUGUCGCAUUAACGUAGCUAGCUGCUGCAUUCUUAUUGGAAUGUGAUAUUGCUACAAUUAUAAAAUGAGUCCAUACCUGAUAUUUUUAGUUGGUGCACUUAUGUAUGUUCGAUUAAAUGUUGUUUGAACCAAUGACAAUUAACAAACGACUUUCGAUUAAUUUGUUUUAUUUGUUCUUUUGCAUAACACAACUAUGAAACGUGCAGUCAUUACCCAAUUGAAUUAAUUAGGUCGUCAAACAUAUGACGACACAUGUGAUCUGGUUGUUGGCAAUGGACGGGAACGUGAUUUUGUUGUCAACGUCUCACUGCUAUCUGCAACGAAGUCACGUGGUGACCAUGUCCAUCUGCUAGCAUCUAUGCUGGUCUCCCUGUAGAGAACUGGAAUAUUUUUCUCAUCCAGUUGAAAUUUUACUCUAGGCUGUAAGCGUGUUUCUUUAGGCUUCCGAGCUUUACGCUUUGGAGUUUUUGCAUUGUGUUUGGCAGCCACCACAUGGUCAUAGAGUUCUGAGAUGCCCCUGCAUAUUUGACUCUCCACAUGCGUCACAGCUUUCUGAUGUCGUCGACCAUAACGAUGUCGCCUUCCGUCCCCUCGGCCCAGCGAGUCACAACGAUCCGAAACCUGCCGCACUGGGCAGAGUGGACAUGCAUAGGGAAUGGGCUCACAAGUGGUCCAUGCCAUGCGGCAGCAGUGUUGGCACAUUUCUAAGCUCUGU